GAGGCCUGACCUUGGAAGCGGAACGGGGUCCUGCGGUGGGUCCUUCCGGGGGGGGGGGGUGACAUUCAGCGGCCGUCCGGGGCGAGGGACCUUCCAGCUUGGAACUAUGGCCCAGUUUGUCCGUAACCUGGCGGAGAAGGCCCCGGCGCUGGUGAACGCUGCUGUGACUUACUCGAAGCCUCGAUUGGCCACAUUUUGGCACUAUGCCAAAGUUGAGCUGGUUCCUCCAACCCCUGCUGAGAUCCCUGCAGCUAUUCAGAGCUUGAAAAAAAUAGUCAAGAGUGCUCAAACUGGUAGCUUCAAACAGCUCACAGUUAAGGAAGCUCUGCUGAAUGGUUUGGUGGCCACCGAGGUAUGGAUGUGGUUUUAUGUCGGCGAGAUCAUAGGCAAGCGUGGCAUCAUUGGCUAUAAUGUUUGAAGACCAAUCUUUACAUCUGUUUAUAUGUGGCUUAUUAUUUGAGGGUUCUUGGACCAUGUGUGAUCAGACUGGUACUUGAAUAAAAGAAGAUAAUGUGUCAAAA